AUGGCAGGAAGCAUAGACAUGACCUUACACUCAGUUGAAUCAAAUGGCAUCAAAGAUCAAAACCACCAGAAACUACAAAAAAUGAUGCCCUUGACAGCCCCUCUAAGUGAUGGGCAUGGAGAGCCUAUUAGAAGGCCUCGUGGCCGACCUGCUGGAUCGAAAAACAAGCCUAAACCACCAAUCAUUAUCACACGGGAGAGCCCAAACACACUAACUGCCCAUGCCAUGGAGGUAAGUUCAGGAUGUGAUGUUAAUGAAAGUCUAGUCACUUUUGCUAGGAAGAAGCAGAAAGGAGUAUGCAUACUAAGUGGUACAGGUUAUGUAACCAAUGUCACUCUAAGGCACCCUGCUUCCUCAGGACCCAAUGCCAUAGUGACUCUUCAUGGUCGAUUUGAAAUACUCUCGCUUCUUGGAUCGAUACUUCCACCGCCAGUUGCACCACCAGGAAUCACAGGUCUUACAGUUUACUUGGCAGGUCCACAGGGGCAGGUUGUGGGUGGGGGAGUAGUAGGUGCCCUCAUUGCCUCAGGUCCUGUGGUUAUUAUGGCUGCUACUUUUAUGAAUGCUUCUUUUGAUCGUUUACCUGUUUGUGAGGAGGAUAACGAAGUUGCAGCUCAGAACCAAUGUUAUCAGAAUAAUCGUCGCCAUCACUACCAGCAUAUUGAUGUGUCUGAUAUAUGUGGUGUUCCCCAGAACUAUAUGGCUAAUGGUAGGGCUUUGCCUCCUGAAGUUUACUCUUGGGCAUCUGGUAGAACAACACUGGCAAAGACAUGAGAAAUAGGCAUAAAGGGCUGUUACUGUUACUAUUACUUUUAACAAAACAUUUGCUUCAUAUCUUCUUCUUGGAACAAUCUCUUCAAGUAGUUUAUACACUAAAGUAAUUCACUUCAUUCUACCUAUAUAACUUGUAUUAUGCAUUCAACACUUUACAAUUGACAUAAUUAUUGAGAGCGUAUUCUGCAAUUAUUAACUUUAAUUGAACAUA